AUGCCUAUAAAAAACUUGCCUUCUCUGAGGACAAUUCUUGUGACCAACUUCAGGAACGAAGACGAGUUCAGAAGAUUCAAGCAGGUGCUUCCAGAGCAAAUCAUUUAUGAACACUACACAAUAUCCAACUUCAUGAACUUAUUCAUCACGUUCUUCGAUAUCCGUGACUCAAUUUCAUUUUAUCAGAAAUUCAGAGACCCUCGUUCAAGGAGGGAGAUCAAGGGCGUAGAGGAGAACUCAGGCGACUCAUUCAGCGAAUUGGAGUUUACGUUCACGAUAUCAAGAAACGAGAUGCAGAAGGGGAACGAGGAGGUGCAGUUCAAGAACAACCAGUCAUCUGUGAUAGUCUACUUCAAGAACGUCGACUUCGACUGUAGUGAUCAGAUGGUGAUCAAGUACAUGCAGCAGUUUGGGGAGAUCAAGGACAUCAGGCUGAGCAAGCCGCAGCAGAAGAUCAUGGAAUUCUACGACUUCAGGGACGCAAGGAAGGCGGUGUCUCAACUUGACAAUGCGACAUUUGGAACAGGAUUCAUACGAAUUAAGUUUGUGUGGGAUACGAUGAUGAAUUACAAGAUUGAGUUUGUGAAGAGGACAGAUGGGCUACUGAGAGCCACUGCUGAGGAGAGUUCAAUUCGUAUUGAGCCAGCAAAGAAGCAGAAGAUGGACGAGAAGGAGAGCAGGGUGGAUAUGGAAUUCAUUCAGCCCACAACCAGGGCAAUUAAGCAUAAUCCAGAUGUUUAUGCGUAUUACAACGUAUUGGAUGAGUUCAUAGUGAGGCAUUUGGACGAAAUAGAAGCACAGAUUAAAGGGAGACAAUAA